ACCCGGUGUGCCAGCCGCCGUGACACCCCCGGGACAGGUUCUAGUGCCCGGUCCACCCGUUCCCUGAGCGCCGCCUGUCCAUGGACAAGAACUAUCAGAAGAAGCGGAAGGAGAAUGCCCGACGCGGGGACGCCAACGCGGGUGCCAAACUCGUGCGCAAUUUCCGCGGCCUGGGCAUGGGCGUGUUUGACGGGGUGACGGGCGUCGUGCUGCAACCGAUUUCCGGUGCCAAGGAAGAGGGAUUCGGCGGCUUUCUCAAGGGCGUCGGGAAGGGAAUGGUGGGCCUCGUGUCUAAGCCCACUUCGGGCGUCUUUGAUUUCGCGUCGUCGAGUCUGGACAUGGUGCGAAGGGUUGCGGAUAAUCAAGGAGUUGUUCACCGAAUUCGACCACCGAGAUUUCUGGAAGCCGAUGGAACGAUUCGUCCUUAUUCGAGGCAAACUGCUGAAGGCAAUGAAGUGCUUCAAAACGUGGACAAGGGCAAAUACGCAGUCACAGACACAUACGUGGCACAUCUCGUCACCGAACCUGACGGGAAGACAGUGUUUCUUGUCACGUCGGCGAGAAUGAUGUUGGCCAGGAAAACGGACAUCCUGGGGAAUUGGGAAAUCGAGUGGGAACACGUGUUGGAGCAUUUUAUCGACGCUGCUGUCGAGGCUGGACAAUUGAAAUUGACCUUGAAACGCACCGACUCGUCUCCGGUCGGUGUUGCCAAAUUAUUCUCAAACUUUCGCGGGGCGAAGAGUCAGACGCAAGAACGGAUCCGGAUUGUCAAGGUCCAGAACCGGGCGCAAGCUGAGUGGUUGAAAAUGAAACUUGUCGCUGCCCGACAAGCGAUGAGGACAUGAAUGCUGAAUGUGGGACAUUCCAGCCAUGAAUGUCUUAUCUGCUUUCGUCAUUAUUCGUGCUUUCUAUGACGUGGAUAUGGGGAAGUGAUUGUCUCUCCCUGGUUUCGGGAUUUGCGGGAAAUCGGUGCAUUUUUUUUAUCCUGUGCUGUGAUGCAGUGUCGAUUCAGAUCGGGUUGAAGGUGUUAUGAUUUGGUACUAGUUUCUCUGCUGAUCGCGGAUGACCUUAAUGCAAGGUGAAAAAUCGA